AUUCUGCGCGGCGGUUCACGUCCUAAUUAUGAUAAAGAGAAUGUUCAGCAUGCGAGUGAGCAGCUAGAGAAAAAUGCUCUCGAUGCCAAGAUGAUGGUCGACUGUUCACACGCUAACAGCAAUAAAGAUUAUCGCCGUCAGUCGGAUGUCUGCGAAAAUGUCGCGGGACAGAUCGCAGAUGGUGAGAGGCGCAUUAUCGGUUUGAUGAUAGAAAGUCAUCUGGUCGAAGGGCGUCAAGACGUUGUCGAUGGUAAAGAUCUCACCUAUGGCCAGAGUAUCACGGAUGCCUGUAUUAACUGGGACACGACGGAUGUGUUACUGAGAAAACUGGCUGAUGCGGUUAAGAGCAGGCGAGAAGUCUUAUCUCAACAGGCAUCGGCUUAA